AAGAUUAUGCCGAAAGACCAUAUUGUACAUAGAUUGCUAAACCUCAUUCGAGCGAACAGCACGAAAAUGACGCGCGCCGAGAAGAAGACCAUCAUGUACCAGAUCAGCAAGCUGCGGAUCCGACUGUACUCCUGGCAUUUCAACGCGAUCAUGCAGCUGACUACACUUAUUGCCAGGUUACACGGACGGAGUAAUAAAGUCGACUUUUUAUCCAUAAAGCGAGGGUUGGUGAAAAUGCUGGCGGGGUGGCAGGCUGAUCUCUCGAACAGCACCACACUGCUGCGGCAGGCCAAGGUGUUCCGACCGCCAUGCAUACCACGGGGCGGGCAAGGGUCCUCCAAGUUCGUCCGCGGCAGCACGCUCAGCCCCAUGCCCAGCCCGGUGGCAGCCUUCGCCGAAGAUAUCAAAUGCCGACGCCGAAAUGCCGACGACGUUUGUGUAUAA